CAGCGAAUAACGAUCUUCAAAAAGUUGUAUGCGUCAGCAUUCAACUUCUGAAUCGGGGACUUUUUGAGAUCUCUUCAAUCUGAAAGUUUUCAUAUCUACGAGACUUUAUUAUCUCAUCUUUCUCUAAUAUUUCCUUUGGUCUGAACAGAAGCUUCGUGAUUACAUCACUGAGCUUGAGCAUCAGCUCUCCCAAAAGUUGCUGCUCACUCCUUUGAGAAGAUUCAUGACGAAUAGACUCGCGGGAGUCAAAUUACACACACAAUGGCUGCAGACGUGCAAGGGAAGAACAUGUUGAGUGAGACAGAACCCAUCAAGACACAGGAAAAGAAGACAAGUAACGUCAGUGGUGGAAGCGGUGCACAUGAUUACAAAGGCUUCGUAGCGGGUGUCUUCAGCGGCAUCGCCAAGCUCUCAGUUGGUCAUCCGUUUGACACUAUCAAAGUCCGUCUACAAACGACAGACCCAAGUCGCUUCAGUGGCCCUUUGCAAUGCGUCACACAGACUAUUCGCAAUGAGGGCUUUCGCGGGCUCUACAAAGGCGCAACACCGCCUUUGGUCGGAUGGAUGUUCAUGGACUCGGUCAUGUUGGGCUCGCUCACCGUAUAUCGUCGUCUUCUCUCAGAACAUGUCUUCAACGUUGAACCACUAGGAACCGACGUUACGGCAUCUUCACCAGGCACAGCUCCAAAGGGUCAUACAGCGCUACCUAGCUUCGGCCAUGGCAUCGCGGGAAUAUUGGCUGGCUCAACGGUGAGCUUCAUCGCUGCACCAGUCGAGCACGUCAAAGCACGAUUGCAGAUCCAGUACGCGGCGCAAAAAGCCGACAGAUUAUACGCCGGGCCGAUCGACUGUCUGCGUAAGAUCUACCGAUACCAUGGCAUCAAGGGCGUAUAUCAUGGCCUCUCAGCGACGCUUCUCUUCAGGGGAUUCUUCUUCUGCUGGUGGGGCAGCUACGAUAUCUUAUCUCGACAACUACGCGAGAAGACAAACCUCAGCGCACCGGCAGUGAAUUUCUGGGCGGGCGGCCUGAGUGCGCAGGUGUUUUGGUUGACUAGUUAUCCGAGUGAUGUAGUCAAACAGCGUAUCAUGACAGAUCCGCUGGGAGGCGGGCUAAACGAUGGAGUGAGGAGAUUUCCUCGUUGGAAGGACGCAGCAGUUGCUGUGUAUAGGGAGGGAGGUUGGAAGGGAUACUGGCGAGGGUUUGUCCCAUGUUUUCUGAGGGCGUUUCCGGCGAAUGCCAUGGCGUUGGUUGCUUUUGAGGGUGUCAUGAGAUCGUUGCCAUGAGGAGGCGCGAACAUGAGAAUGAUACGAUAGCAUGAAACAUACAUACCCGACAGCAUCAUUCAAGUUAAUUCACAAAUUCGGCAUUUACAUCACUCAGGUAUUGGGAAGAGAGAAUAUGAACACCACAAAGAGUGCCACAU